AUGAACUCCAAAAUCUCCAAAGUGAUUUUAUCAGGACCCUUAAAUUUUCCUGCUAGUAAAACAGUUGUCGAACAUGAUGAAUUGCCUCCCGUGACAAAUGAAUUGUCAGUGACUCUGCGAUUGAAUCUUCAGAGUCAUGAUUCAGGAUGGAUUACUAUCUUUCAGAAAGGUGCAGAUAAAUUGAUCCGUGCCCCCGCUCUUUAUCUAACACCGAACGACUCACAACCAUGUCCUAGGUUCUCGACGAAUAUUGAUAAAAAUUCUGGAAUUGACGCAAUUGGCAAAGGAUUUGUUUUAAAUAAAUGGUACCAUAUAGGAUACACACUCUCGGAUCUUCAUAAGCGUUUGGAUUUCUACAUAGACGGAAAAUGGGUUGGAUUCAAGAGCAUUGAACAAGUUCAAAAGGAAUAUAUUGUGUUCAACAAAGACCCGUUGAGAAUAGGGCAUUCCUUUUACGCUGAGUUUAAGGGGCAAAUGAGCAAUUUUUGUUAUUAUAAUUGGCGUUUAUCAGCUGAUGAAAUCGCGAAUGAUUUUAUUAUGACAUAUGAAACAUACCAAUGA